CUAUAUCCCUUCCCUCUAUCCGCACACACACACACACACACACACACACAUCCUGCUGCUUACCAUGGAAGCAUCCUUCUCCUUCACCCUCUUCCUUGUGCUAAUCCUCUUGCUCUAUCUCCUUUUCUCCGCCAAGAAGAACAACACGAAGAAGAAUUUACCGCCAAGCCCUCCUUCCCUCCCCUUCAUAGGCCACCUGCAUCUCUGCAGGAAGCCCCUGCACCGCUGCCUUGCCCGCCUCACCGCCCUGCACGGCCCUGUCCUGCUCCUCCGCUUCGGCGGCCGUCCCGUCCUCGUCGUCGCCUCCCCAGCCGCCGCCGACGAGUGCUUCACGACCCACGACAUCACCUUCGCCAACCGCCCCAUCCUCCCCUCUAGGAAAUACCUUUUGUACAAAAACAACACCACCCUCGACUUCGCCAACUAUGGCCCCUACUGGCGUCACUUCCGCCGCGUCGCCACCGUCGAGGUCCUCUCCUCCCACCGCCUCCGGUCCUCGUCCGACGCUCGCGCCCACGAGGUGCGCUCCAUGGCCCGGGAACUGCUUCGGGCGUGCGACGCCGCAGCCGAUGGGUUGGCCAAGGUGGAGCUCAAGACGAGGUUGUUCCAGCUUGCGAUGAACGUCCUGAUGCGGACGAUCGCGGGGAAGAGGUACUCCGGGGAGGAGGGAGUGGUGUCGGAAGAGUCGAAGAGGUUUAUGGUCACGGUGGAGGAAAUAUUCGCGUUGAGCGGCGCGUCCAACGUCGUUGACUUCAUUCCGCUGCUGAGGUGGGUCGAUUACGGUGGAGUCAGGCGAAAGUUGAUGAGGCUGCACAGGGUGAGGGACGAGUUCCUGCAGCAACUAAUCGAUGAGCUGAGGACCAAGGGCGGCGACGAGAGUCAAACCACUGAGGCUAAAGAGGAGAAGACGACGAUAAGUGAUCUCCUCUCGUUGCAGAAGACAGAUCCUGAGAACUAUUCAGAUCAGAUCAUCAAAUCACUUAUUUCAAUCUUAUUAUCAGCUGGAACGGAUUCGACGGCCCGUACAAUCGAAUGGGCGUUGUCGCUUCUGCUCAACCAUCCAAAUGCAAUGGACAAAACGCGAGCCGAGAUUGACGCACGCGUUGGCAACGGGCGCUUGCUCGACGAGUCCGACCUGCCUAACCUUCCCUACCUCCACUGCGUCGUCGCCGAGACGCUCCGGAUGUACCCCGCAGGCCCUCUCCUGGUGCCGCACGAGUCGUCCGACGAGUGCGUCGUCGGCGGCUUCCACGUCCCGCGGGGCACGAUCCUGUUGGUGAACGCGUAUGCCAUGCACCGGGACCCCAAGACGUGGGACGAACCGGCGAGGUUCAUGCCGGAGAGGUUCGAGGGUGGGAAGGGAGAAGGGAAGCGGAUGGCGCCGUUCGGCAAGGGAAGGAGGAAGUGCCCCGGGGAAGGGCUGGCGGCGAGAAUGAUGGGGCUGGCGCUGGGAACGUUGAUCCAGUGCUUCGAGUGGGGCAGAGUCGGUGACAAGGAGGUGGACAUGGCCGAAGGUUCGGGCCUCACACUGCCCAAAGCUGUGCCUCUUGAAGCGACGUGCCGUCCGCGCCAAACCUUGGCUCAUCUCCUCUCGGAGAUUUAGGUCAGCUCUGUGUCAUCAAAGUCGCCGGAUAAAUACUAGCUUGGCACUUGAUCCCAGGGUUGAAUCACAGUUGCUAAAGAAGAGAAAGCAGCAUGCAUGAGACAAGACAACCCUCCGCCUGUAAUGAUAGAGCGCUCAAUCGAACAUGAGUUUCGAAUGUAAAGAUACGCAAACAUUAAAAAAAAUCUGUCUAGCCAUCAA